CUUUAAAAAAACAACAUUAACAGUGGAAGCAGUAGAUCCGUGUGUGUGUGUGCGGCAGCAGCAGCAGCAGCGGCGGCAGACUGGCGUGAGCGUGGCCGCAGUCAGGUUCUCACUGACGGACUCUGCUGCUCCGAAAACACAAGGUGUUUGAAGCUCCUCAGGCGACGACGCCAUGAGUCCCAAAGCGUGCAAGAACUGCGGCAGCUCGGACGUGGAUGUGGACCAGGCGCGCGGCGAUGCCGUCUGCAUGGGCUGCGGCUCCGUGCUGGAGGACAACAUCAUCGUGUCCGAGGUGGAGUUUGUGGAGUCGGGAGGCGGAGGCUCGCUCGCCGUCGGACAGUUUGUCUCUUCGGAAGGAAACAAGAAUCCCGUUUUUGGAGAAGGUCACCACGGAAUUGGGUCGGAGUCCCGAGCUCAGACUCUGCAGAGGGCCAAACAGCACAUCAACACUCUGGGUCGCCAGCUGCAGAUGAACCAGCACUGUUUGGACACGGCCUAUAAUUUCUACAGGAUGGCGCUCGGCAAACACCUGACGCGCGGACGCAAGGCGUUGCACGUCGUCGCCGCGUGUCUCUACCUGGUCUGCCGCACCGAGGGAACACCACACAUGCUGCUGGAUUUCAGUGACGUCCUGCAGGUGAACGUCUACGUCCUGGGAAGAACCUUUCUGGUCCUGUCAAGAGAGCUGUGCAUCAAUGCCUCGGCUAUAGAUCCGUGUCUGUACAUUCCCCGCUUUGCCCAGAAGCUGGAGUUUGGUGACAAGAACCACGAGGUCUCCAUGACGGCGCUGAGACUGGUGCAGAGGAUGAAGAGGGACUGGAUGCACACGGGUCGAAGGCCGUCGGGACUCUGUGGAGCAGCUCUCCUCGUCGCCGCCCGUAUGCACGACUUUUGCCGCACGACCAAAGAAAUCAUCAAAGUGGUGAAAGUGUGUGAAAGCACUCUGAGAAAAAGACUGACCGAGUUCCAGGACACGCCCUCCGGUCAGCUGACCAUCGAGGAGUUCAUGAGGCAGGACCUGGACCAAGAGUGUGACCCCCCGUGUUACACGACUGGACUGAAGAAUAAGAAGUACCAGCAGCUGGAGAUUGAGCUGGAGAAAAAGAUGGAGGACUUUGAAGAGGAAAUCCACUGCUACGAGGACGAGAUCGACGCAGAGCUUCAGAACUGUCGACCCAAACUGAAAGGAGUCUACGCCGCUUACACUAAAGAAACGGCUACAGAGGUACCGGAGGAAGUCGGUGGCGACGCCAUCUCCACGCCGUCUAAAAUGGCCGCCGCCACCGAUGAGGAGCAAGAGGAGGAAGACGAGCUGGAGGCCGUGGCCAAGCACUUUGGCAAACAAAUGAGUGAACUCACACUGGAGGCUCUGAUAAAACUGGAGCAGAAGACACCGGGGGAGGAGGAGGAGGAGGAGGAAGGCGGUUCUCCGAAGAGGAAAGGCCCCACGCUGGAGUCCAUCUUGGGGAGGAUGCCCACAGCGUCCACGCUGGGACUGCCCGAGUCCAUCAGCAAGUGCAUCGGAGAAGAGAAGGAGAACGAUGGAGCCGCUGACAGCGGGGAGCUGGACCUGAGCGGCAUCGAUGACAAGGAGAUAGAGCUGUAUCUGCUGGACGACGGAGAAGUGAAGGUGAAGACGGCGCUGUGGAUGGCAGAGAACUCGGACUACCUCAAACAGCUGAAAGAAAAGGAGGCGAAGAUAGCGAAGGAGAAGGAGCUGGGCAUCUACAAAGAGAGGAAGCCCCGAGGUCCGUCCAAGAAGCAUCCGCCGAUCAGAGCCAACACGGCCGACGAGGCCAUCGAGAAGAUGCUGGAGCAGAAGAAGAUCUCGUCCAAGAUCAACUACGACGUCCUCAAGGACCUCAACGUCAAGCCGGGCUCCAGUCCCGCGCGACAGCCGGACACGCCCAAGAGAGAGGCGUCCGCCGUGAAACUGACGGGACGCAACCGCAGCUCGCCCCGAGCCCCGCUGAGCCUCAGCACGCCGCUCAGCACUCUGGGAAAAAGGUUACAGCCAUUCAUCACCGGUCUGCCCAAAAAGAAGAUGGCCAUGGAGCAGGCCGCCGCCCACAACCCCCUGCCAGUGCCUGUGGGAAACCCCGACAUUGGCGUGGUGGUCGAGAGCGGGCCGGUCGUCUAUGACGACGCAGCUGAGGAGGAAGAGGACGAGGAAGAGGAGACCUGUGUCAGUGCCAUGGAGCUGCUGGGAAGCAACGAUUACGGCUCUGAUGCAGAUUAUGACGAAGGAUUCUAGCAGCGUCUCCUCUACGACCGACAUUUUCUUUCACGGGGAGACAAAAUGGCCGAAGUGAGACGCCUGCACGAAGAUUUGCACGAGACAGAAAUCUCUCACUCUUUGACGUCCAGAGUGGACAGACGGACGUCAGAGGAGGUACAGUGGACAUGAGGGAAGAGUUUGUCGAGUUGUGAGUCAGAAAACGUUCAGGUUAGAACUGGGAUUAACUGGGAUUAACAGUCUGGUCACAUACAGGUGUUUUGAAGACAUGGAAAUGAUAAAGUUUUUAUUUAUCAUCAGGAAAUACGGUCGUUUAAAUGCUGCUAAACUACACGAGGACAAACACACUACAGCAUUUGUCUUUUUGGUUUUUAACUUCAGUCGUUUAGUCGAGGAUUAACGUAGGAUUAAGAAAACACGUCAUUAUCAUCCUUUAGGGUAAAAGUUCAGUUUUUCAAGUGUCGUCGUUUGAGACAUGAAGCAGGUACGAACAGGAGAAUCAGGCUCACCUGAUAAUCUCUAAUCCAGGUUAAAUCUGUGAUGUUUACAGGAUAAUGUUCACCACUUUAAGUCACUGUAACACAGACUUUUCCCACUCUGUAAACCGCUCACUCUCCCGCACCAAAGCCCAUAGAGAAAAUCAGCGAUUUAACGUCACCGCUGCCUCCGUCACCAAGUUCAAAUGUUUUAUUUUGUGACUUUAAAGUUUGAAAGCCUUUGUUCAGAUUGACCUCAGUGACACAAAGUGACCACACGAGGCAGCAGUCGACCAGCAGCUCCUGCGUCCCUGCGAGCUAAAAUCGUUGGUUUUCUACCUGGACUUUGGUGUGGGAGAGUGAGUGGGAGAGCGAGCGACUUCAAACUUCCACUUCCACGCACAGAAAGUUGUCUCAAGACAAAAAGGUGUUCUCCCAGAAUCUGACCUCUGACCCUUUAAAGCUGCACUUUUCCAUUCUCGAACACUCAAGUACUUAUGAACCAGUGUUAACCUGUGUUUCUAUGCUUCACUGCAACGUGGACUCAGACAUGCGUCUGUCAAUCAAUCAGGAAGCGUGAGAUCAAUCGUGAUGAUCAGUCGUUAUUGAUGCCUUAUUGGUGAUGAACUGGUGGACAGUCUGUGCUCGUCUGACACCACAGUGUUACUGCGACGUUGCCUUUGAAGACAUUUAUUGAGCCCAGCUUUUGUUCUUUUCAAUCUUAAAGUUUUUAAUUGUUGCUGGUUUUUAUUUUGCCGUUGACUUCGGGGUGUUUUUUUUUUUUUUUUUUUUUUCCACUAAUUGUUUUUGUGAUAGAAGUGAUUAAUUUAACGAGGUUAUGUAAAUGAUUGUGUCCUGUGUUUGACGCCGGGACGCAAAGACAUUCUCUGCAAUAAUAGAUGAUCCAGUGCGACAGAGAGAUUUAUUUUCUAUUUAAAGUUUUAUGAUUUAUUUUGAGGAGGCGAAAGAGAUCGUAGCCUUUUCACUGUGUCCACACACAACGGUAUACGAACGAGGUGUCCCUGAACGCCUCGUGUCUGCUGCUGCUGCUGCUAUAAUAAGUCCUGAUGUUACAUCUGUACGUUGUUGUGUGCGUUUGCUGCUACAGUAAAGAUUUCACUAAGAAUGAAAACCUUACAAACAUGUUUCCCUCCUCAUUCUCUUCAACUGUGUGUAGUAGCUAAUCUGCUACGCUAACGUCUGUAUUU